AUUUAACCCAGUAUAAAAACACGGAUGGAACGUGAAGAAGGCAUCAGUUACAUUCAGCUGCUGUAAAAAAUAACAUCACUACGCCACAAUCAUGAAGGUCUUAAUCGUCGCAGCUUUAAUUGUUGCUGUUGUUGCUGACCAAGCACCUUAUUAUCAGCCGAGUUAUUCUCCCUAUCCGGAAUACAAACCCGAGUACAAGCCGGAAUACAAGCCAGAGUAUAAGCCGGAAUACAAGCCCGAAUACAAGCCGGAAUAUCCGAAUCAAAAGCCGUACUACGCCGAACCUUCUUACAAGCCAACUUACCCAGAGUAUAAGCCAGCUUAUACCGAGCACAAACCGGCUUACCAUGAACCAACGUAUGCCCACCCAGCCCCAGCCUACAAACCCGCAUACAAGCCUUCGUAUCCGGAAUACAAACCGACUUACUCGUCUCCACCACAGUAUCCUUCCUACGCCCCAACAUAUCCAGUCAAAUAUUAACAAUAAAGCCUAAGUUACAUAGUUGAUCUUGUAAAAAUACUGGCGAAUCAAAUCUAUAUUUUGUGUUUUAGUCAAUGUUAAAAUGUUGAUAAACCAAUUCGCAUUACUGACAAUAAACUGAAGGUAUGAUAAA